AGGGGGCCAGGAGGGAAGGAAAAGGUGGGGGGGGCAGGAACGAUGAAAUGGGCAUGCGUAGUAGGAGAAUGAGGGCUGUUACUGUCUCUGGAAUUUAACGGCCCGGGCAGUUCGAACCAAGGGGCGCAGACGGGGUGCCUUUCGGGACAGCUUUAGAACGCGAAGUACCCUCCGCAGACAUCAGGCGCGCGCCCCGAGGGGGUGCGUGAAGAAGCUGCUCUACAGGAGCUUUCCUGGCGACAAAUGUAGAGUACCAAUGGAAUCCAACUUAUGGAUUUACCAUAAAAAAGAUGACGAUGAAGAACUCUUGCUUGCAAAUGUAGAGGCAUUAAGGAAUCAACUGAGGAAAACCGAGAGAAAUCUACGAAAUCUAGGGGAAGAGCUUUCCAGUACUAGUUCAAGUGAGCAAUCUGUCCACAGCUCUCAUUUCAAUGAGUUUGUCGGACUAACACUGGAAGAUCUUGUUGAGCCGAGUUGCACUGAAUUUCAAAAUCAUUUCGCUCAUAAGAGUGCUGGUAAAAUGUCCCACCAGAGCAGGGAUUCUCAAAGAAAAUCCCAAGCCAAGUCUUACCCAGUGUCCACUCCUUUUAAUAAAAGUAUGGAACAAGAAAAUGAGCAUCUUAGAGAGAAGCUGAACACACUUCGAGAUCAAAAUGCAUCUUUGACUUCCCAGAACCACUGUCUAAUGAAUAAAAUUGAAACUAUCAACUUUGAACUGACUCAGUCAAAAACAAGGAUCUCUUUUCUUGAAUCAGCUUUAGGUACACAUUCAGUCAGUAUUCCUAUGUUAGAAGAACAGAUUGCAAAUUUGGAAGCAGAAGUUACAGCUCAAGAUAAAGUCCUGAGAGAUGCAGAAGAUAAAUUAGAGCAAAGCCAGAAAAUGGUGGUAGAAAAAGAACACAUUUUGCAAAGAUUUAAAGAAGAGUGUAAAAAAUUGAAAACAGAUUUAAUUGAACGAAGCAAGCAAGGGAAGAGAGCUGAACAGCAAAGAAACGAGGCUCUGUUUAAUGCCGAAGAGCUGACGAAAGCCUUUAAAAAAUACAGAGAGAAAAUAACUGAAAAACUUGAAAAGGUUCAAGCUGAAGAAGAAACUUUAGAGAAAAAUCUAAUUAAUUGUGUAAAGGAAAAAGAAAAGUUGCAUGAAAAAUGUGUUGCCUAUAGAAAUGAACUUGAAAUCACAAAGGAACAAUUAAGAGAAUUAAAGGAUGAGAACCGUAGUGCAAAAGAAGAGAUGAGGAGUCUAGAGGCAAAAAACACUGAAAUUGUGUCACAGCUAACACAGUCUGAACAGAAGAUCCUGAAGCUUGAGAGUGAACUUAAUGAUAAAGUAGUAGUACUUAAAGAGAAAAGUGCCCUAGUAAGUGAAAAUGCAGAGCUAAAAGCACUUAUUGCACAGCAAAAUGAUCGCCUAAAAUUAUGUCAUCAAGAAAUUGAGAAUUCAAGAGAAGAACUGAGCACCUUGGAAACUAUUAUCUCCCAGUUGUCGCUAGGUACAUCUAAAGAGUUUAAAUUGCAUCACUCGAAACCUCAGAUGGCCAGUUCCUCUGCAAAGGAAGCUAUGUAUGCCUCUUGUUGCGAAUCAAACAAAUCCUUGAUUGCAGAUCUAAGAAUAAAACUGGCAAUGAAAGAAGCAGAAAUUCAAAAGCUUCAGGCAAACCUAACUGUCAGUAAAGUAGCUCAACAUCUUUCUAAUGAUUAUGAGGGACAAGAAAGUGGCAGAUUACAUGGCCUAGAAACAGAACCUGUAAAAUUGAUUGGAAAUCAAACAGAAGAGAGAAAAUGUCAACAAUGGAAGCUCAUCAGUAAACAGUUUGAAAAGGAGCGUCAAAGAUUCACAAGAGAGAUAGAAGAGUUAUGUGCUAAGCUGUCAAAAGCAGAAGAGGAGAAUUCUUCUUUAAAGACCAGCAUGGCCCAGAGAGCCAGUCAGUUUCAAAUUAUACAGGAAGAACUACUGGAGAAGGCUGAAAAAACUACUAACUUAGAGCGAGAAAUAACAAAGAAAUCCUCUCAGCUUUCAGUACUUGAAAAGCAGUUGGAAGAAAAGACAGUUGCUUAUUCUGCUGCUGCUGCAAGGUGCACUGAGCUGGAUCAGGAGCUCAUAGAAAAGAAUGGCCAGAUUCGCAACUUGGAAGCAAAUAUCAAUGAAGAACAUGAGCAAGUAACUAUAGCUUUUGAAAAAGCAAAGUUAAUUCAUCUUGAACAGCACAAAGAAAUGGAAAAACAGAUUGAAAUACUUCAGACUCAGUUGGCUAUGAAACACCAGCAAAUUAAUGAACUAGAGAAGACAAUGUCUGUUUUACAAGAAGAUAUUGUAUGUAAACAGCGUCACCUUGAAUCAUUGGAUCGACUGCUGAUAGAAAGCUGAGAGGAAAUGGAAAAGCAAAAUACCAAGAAAGAAGAAGCUUUGAAAAUGUUGCAAAGCCAAUUAACGGAAGAAACAAUCAAAGUCAGACAACUAGAGUCAGCACUAGACAUUUGUAAGGAAGAGCUUAGAUUGUAUCUGAGUCAUUUAGAAGAAAAUAAGGAGUCAUUUGAAAAGCAGCUAAAGAAGAAGUCUGAAGAGGUGCACCGGUUACAAAAAGAAAUAAAACAAAGAAAUCAUAAUCUUCAGGACACCACUGAACAAAAUGUCCUCCUACAGCAAACUCUGCAGCAGCAGCAGCAAAUGUUACAGCAGGAGACAAUUAGAAAUGGAGAGCUAGAAGAUAGCCAGCUUAAGCUUGAAAAACAGGUAUCAAAACUGGAGCAAGAGCUUCAAAAACAGAAAGAAAACUCCGAAGAAGAGUUGAGAAAGGCAGAAGGAAAGCUCCGUACAGCCUCUCAGGAAGCAGAUUUAAAAAGACAGAAGGUGGCUGAACUUACUAGCACAAUUGGGCAGAUUAAGCUGGAGAUGGAUCAGUGCAAAGAUGAUCUAAUUGGUAUGGAGAAAGAACUAGUACAUUUAAGACGAGAUGGUGAAACUAAAACAGUGCAGCUAAGUCACUUAGAAAUGACUUUGGAGCACACUCAGUCAGAACUAAAUAAAAAAACACAACAAGUGAGUGAUCUGGAAGAUAAACUGCUUCAGAGUGAGACUGGGCAAAAGGAUGCUUUACACAGAAUAGAAGAGCUAGAGGCUGAACUACAAAAUGCCCAUGGAGAAUUAAAAAUCACUUUGAGACAAUUACAGGAACUGCGAGAUGUGCUACAGAAUGCACAGUUCUCUCUGGAGGAGAAGUAUGCUGCUAUCAAGGAUUUAACAGCUGAACUUAGGCAUUGUAAGGAUGAAAUUGAGGACAAAAAGCAAGAACUUCUUGACAUGGACCAGGCAUUGAAAGAAAGGAACUGGGAACUGAAACAAAGAGCAGCUCAGGUUACCCAGUUGGAUAUGACUAUUCGUGAACACAGGGGAGAAAUGGAACAAAAAAUAAUUAGAUUAGAAGGUAGUUUGGAGAAAACUGAGUUAGAAAUUAAAGAACGCAAUAAACAGAUUGAGAGCUUAGAUUGCAAGCUACAGCAUUGUAAAGAUGAGCAUCGUGAAAAAGAGUUUGAAUUGCUCCAAAGAGAUCAAGAAAUAAAUCAACUAAAAAAGGAAAUUGAAAGAAAACAACAUAGAAUAACAGAUAUUGAAAAAACAGUGAAAGAUCAGGAGAAGUGCAUUGCAGACCAAUACAAGGAAGCAUUAGAUUUAGGUCAACAGUUGAGGCUAGAACGAGAACAGAUGCAGCACAUUCAUUUGGAGCUUUUGGAGACUCGCCGGCUGUUGGUUCAAGCUCAAAGAGAAACGGACAGACUCUUGCAAGAACGGGAAGAAAUGAACUGUCUGUCUCGAGAAAAGGAAGCUCGUGCAAACCGUUUGGCAGAAGAACUGGGUGCUUCCCAAGCACGUGAAGCUCAGUUACAAGCAAAAAUGCAAGCUGAGAUAAAAAAGCUUUCAUCAGAAAUAGACUUAUUAAAGGAGGCUUAUGAGCAGGAGAAGCUUGCACAUCAGACAAAUCAGGAAAGAUGGCAGAUGUCCACAGACAGCCAGAAAUCUGGCUCUCAUCAUCUAAAUGGACAAUUGCAGCAGCUGAAGCAGGAGUUAGAAGAGGCUCAGGACUCUGUCAAUAAUCUUCAGCAACAACUUCAGGCUAGAAAUGAAAUGGUUCAAGCUGUAAAUGAAGCACUGCUUGUGAAGGAAUCUGAAGUAACGAGAUUACAAACAAGAAUUUCUGGGCAUGAAAGAACAGAAGGCAUCAAGAAGCUACCAAUCCCACUUGUAUUAUCAGAUCAUAAGCUCUUUGAUAUUCAAGAACAGGAUUCUUCCAGAAAUUCUCAUACGUCAUAUUUCAAACAUAGAAAACUGCGUCGUUCUAUAAGUGCUAGUGACCUAGGUGUUAAAGAUGAUGAUUCUCUAGAUCUAUCAAAAACGACGUUAAAAGACUUCAAACAAACGCUUACAUUAAAGCCCUCAAUGUUUCCAGAGAGUCAAAAGGAUUUUCUUCAUACUCCACCAAACAGUUUGAAUGAAUCUUCAUUCGAUCCCCUCACAUACAUUGCAGAUGAAGAUGUGACAUCAGACAGUAAUGACUUCCAGACACUUAGUGGAAUGCUAAAAUAUAUCAACAAAGAAAUGAGGCAGUCUGAAAAUGCUUCUGUACAAAUAUCAUGUGGUACAAACUCAAAGGAGAAUCAAGAAUCUGGUUUGUGGUACAGUAAUUCUUAAUUUAAUUGUGACUGUUUGUUUAUAUAGGGAUGGUUCCUUAACAUUUGUUUUUAUUUAUGGCAGCGAGUUCCCAAAUGUAUCCAGGAUGUGGAUCACAUUUUAGUGAGAUCAUUUCAUAUAUCACCCAGGGAUUUUUUUAAAUAAAGAUACACUGUCAAGUAACUAAAACUCAAAAUUUAACUUUUGGUUUAAACCUUUCAGACCACAUAAUAGGCCAAGGUCUGCGCUCAGUUGCAUCAGAAUAAUUCCACUAACUUUAAUGGAACUACUCCCAGUUUAUAUUGGUGUAAAUGACAGCAGAUAUUUCCUGUGUCAAUAAAAAUAUUUCAUGAUUUCAUAUAUUUUAUUAGCAUUUCAAUAAAUAGAUUUUUUUAAAAAAAACAUUCCCCCUACAAUACUGGGGACUUGAAUACAGCACUCUUUGAGGUGAAGUUUUUGUUUGCCUUUACUUUGGUGCCUCUAAAGUCUUGCACAACAUAACUAUUCCUAAUAGUGACUCCUAGCAGCCAACAGUUCCUUAUGGAAAGUGAAACAGAUUUAUCAACCAAAUGAAACAAACUAGUUCACUUUCACUAUUGAAGCUGAGUGAAGUGCAGAAUACAAAUGGCACAACUGGAGAAAAAUUCUUACAAUUUUGAUAGAGUUAUGGUAAUGUUGCUAAUGACAUUUAUUCCUUUAAAAUGUAUAAUCUGUAUGGGUUUAAUAGGAUUAUAAAUAUGAGUAUUUCUUCACAAAUCAUUCUGCUUAAUUUGUUAAUUACAAGAUUGUCAUUUUUAUAUUCUUAUCAAAGUACUGUAUAAGUCAGUGUAGAGUCUGAGCAACUGUUGGAUACCUGUAGACUAUAUAUAAAUAUAUUUAUUAAAUAUUGAGAUAUUUUAGUCUAUGGGUCUUUUGCACUAUAUUAUGUAUCUCAGUGCUGACACUUAUGAAUUUCCAGAGAAGAUGUCUCUUAUUGUGGUAGAAACUAUUAUAAAGCAACACCUAUUAAUGUCUCUAGGCCAGGCUGCAGGAUGUGAGAAAGAGACUGUGGACAUCAAACAUGCUGUAACUUGUUUAUUUUAAUGUUUGAUCAGUUCCAUAAGAGAGCUUAUUUAAGAGAAAAACUUUAAAGAGAUAUUAUUGCAAGACCACCCUCAAUACAAAUGGAUUUUAAUCUGGAAAAUUAAACAAGGAAGUUGAAAGUAAGAUUCUGACUACCAAUACUACUUUAACUAGCAUACAUAUCUAUUUCAGGGACAAAGAUUGUGAAGAAAGACUAUCACCGUGUGACAAGCAAUAAACCAUAAGUGGAAUUGUUGCAACAUAGCAUAGGAAGAACAUUCAAAGAGGAAAUGUUAAUAUAGUAGUGAUGUACAUAGUUAAAUAUAUUUAUAUUGAUUGUAAACCCCAACCCUCUUGUUUUUCCAAUUUUAGUUUUAAUAUUAUUGCUUUGAAAUAAUUUGUACGGCAACUUUGUUUUGGAAAUAAAGGGUUGUUUUUUUUAAAAAAAAGUUUCCUUAAAUUAUAGGGGUAAAUUUGGGUGGUCCUUUGUGACUAGGAUUUUUAAAAUCAAAGUCCUUACUCUUUAUAUCUAAAUUCUACCUAAAAGCAUUCCUGAGUCAUUGCUUCAUUCUCAGUUUUUUGUUGAGAAGGUUUUAUCUUUAGUGUAGUGCAAAUGUACUAUUGCUGACAAAAGAGGCUUUUCUUCACACUGUCAAAUAUAAGGCCAUUUAGAAUAAAGGUUGAGCAUGAUAUUGAGUGAAGACUUUAAACAGAAUCUUGCUUGUCUCACUCCCACGAGUAUGCUCAUCCUUCUUUAGGGGAAGGAAACUCAAGGCCUUAGCCAACUCUUUUUGAAGUCCAUGGACAAGCUCCCAUGUGUUUCAGUGGAAGCAGAAUUGCGUAUUUAAGUUGUCUUAUUUUAAAUUAUGAAUUAAUACAUUAAUUUAUGUCUUUUGGUUUUUGGCUUUCCAAAAUCUCACUCAACUUAGCCCUUACAAAUGUCUUCACUAUGCCCCCAGUCUCUAAAGUUUAAAACAAAAUAAUAAUAAAGGUGUAGGGAUCAUAUACAACAAAUCCAGGAACUAGGUGGACUUAAGGGCAUGAAGUCUGAAUCUCCUGUGCAAUCCUGAAUCUACAGAGUUGAGAUUCCAAAGCUUUAAAGUAUUAAAUCACUCAAUGAAUCAUGCUAAAAAUGUACUUGCAUGAAAAACGUAUCAGCAAAGCUAUUAGCUAUGAAAGUAUUUCAGAAGAGCAGAAAAUAAUAUAAUGCUGUUAAGGAUUUAAGGCCCAAAUGUGCAUAUUUAGAAAUCAUGAAGGGUGCAUCUCAGCCAGUAAAACAAGCACUUGUAUUUCAGCAAUUGUGCAGGUGAAAUUGCUACAUAGACACAGAGCUUAGGCAUUUUUAUCACAGGAAAACCUGCUCCACCAGUGCAACUACACCAUUGCUGGCAGCUCCUGAAAUACAGGUACAGAUUUUGCCCACAUAAACAAGGCCUAAAUACACAAGGUUCAUGUUUCUACAGCUCCAGUUUUGGCUGUUUGGAAAGAUUUAUGCACUGUAACAAAAGGACUUAGUUUACUUUUGGAAAUAACUACAUUUUACAUUUUUUUUAAAUCAAGCCAUUUGUUUCCCUUCAGAAUAACAAUAAUUAAAAUCUGUUAGAACUGUCUUGGCCAGUGUAAUAACUGAAAAGCAGUUCAAAAGAUUUAAACCAUUUUUUCUCUAAACAAACCAGUAGGCCUCUAGGCUAAUAAUGUGUGUGCUAAGUUUCAGACAGGUCUCUUUUAAAACAAUAGAACUUGAAACAUUUGACCUCUCAAACCAGGAUUUCAAAGGGAAAGCUUAACCUGCCCUUAAUUAGAGUUGCAUUACCACAUCAUUGGAAUUUCAUCAUCAUAGGUUGUAUAAAGCCUAGCUUGCCCUUCUUACAUGUGCUAAAUAUAAAUGUGCAUAAACAGCAGAAGCAUUUUUGUCUAAUAGCUGAAUCAGCUAAAUAAGCGUGAGCUGAAAUUUUUUAUCUGGCCAUUUGGCUUGCCUAGUGAAGUCAGAAUCAAACCUGAUAGCCAAGAUUAAAUUAUAAUUUCAUUUAUCUCAUUAAUUUUAGAUGUUGUCAUUAUUGUGCCUUGUUUGAAAAUCUAAUUAUUCUGCUUGUUACAUUAGCAACUGUAUUUUUAUUGGUUGGAAAGUAGGAAAAACCUUUGUGCCAAACCAUAAUUUCACUUUAGUAGGGAUCUAAACAAGCCAUUUCUUCAUAUGCCUGUAUAAAAUGGUUAUUAACAAUACUGGAACAUUGAGUGCACUUUUCCAAACUGUAUUAGAUAAUAUGGGAUUAUUGAUUCUUGUAAAAUAUACACAGAACAAGAA